AUGGCACUCCCGACUCAUUUCAAGCUUAAUACCGGCGCCCAGAUCCCCGCCGCACAUGGAGAUCUGAACCUGGUCAGGUACGCCAGGCAAGUCUCGUUCGCUCUCAAGAACGGAUAUAGUCACAUUGACGCAGCAUUGAUCUACGGAAACGAGCACGAAGUCGGCCAGGGUAUCAAGGAUAGUGGUGUCCCUCGCGAAAACAUCUUCAUCACUAGCAAGCUGUGGAACACCCACCAGCCUAACGUGGCGGAAGGUCUCCAAAAGACACUUGACGCUUUAGGCACGGACUACCUCGAUCUCUAUCUCAUCCACUGGCCAGUCCGACUUGUUCCUAACGAGUCGAGCGAGCUUCUACCAGUCAAUCCCGACGGCACACGAUCCAUCGACCGAUCCUGGGGUCAGAGUGAGACCUGGCGCCAGAUGGAGGAAGUAUACAAGGCCGGCAAGGUGAAGGCGAUUGGCGUGGCCAACUGGUCGAUUCCCUAUCUAGAGGAGCUCAAAAAGAAGUGGACCGUGGUCCCUGCUGUCAAUCAAGUCGAGUUACACCCUUUCCUUCCUCAGCACGCACUGAAGGAGUGGUGCGACAAGCAUGGCAUUCUCCUCGAGGCGUAUUCACCACUUGGCUCUGAAGGGGAUUACUACCUUAAGAAGCAUGGUGUUUCACCCGCCACGGUACUCAUCAGCUACCACAUCAACAGAGGCGUUGUUGUACUGCCCAAGUCUACUAAAGAAAAUCGAAUCGUGAGCAACCGUCAAGUCAUCCUUCUCUCCCGGGAGGAUAUGGAUGUGCUGAAUGGCCUGGCUGUACAAGGAAAGGCGAGGCGUAUCAAUACACCUCUGUUUGGAUGGGAUCUCGGUUUCGAUGACUGGUACAACCAGUGA